AUGCCCAUCCCACGGCUCAACAUAGCAUCCCCCGUCGCUGAUUUAGAUGAAAACGGCAGAAUAGACUGCAGAACAUAUGUGCCCAACGCCGCCGCGUCUCGCAGGAUGUUCACAGGCACCUUUUCUCCGGACCCGACAAGAGAGACAAAGCCCCUCUCCACAAAUGAUGGUGAGAGACUGAAGACGGUUGUUGCUGAGUUGGUGUCCAAGUUUGGAGUGGAAACACCAGAUGAUCUACAGUUCAUCACGGAGGGAGACAUUGGACAUCUUCUAACACCCGUUCAGUGCAGAAAAAUUAUUAAUGGCUGCAAAAGAGGUAAGCAUUUCGAUGUAGAGGCUUAUUUUGCUCUGAUAUUAAUGUACAUGUUUAAGUUAUUUGUAGCUCAAAUGAUUCCAAUAAUCUUCCAAAGAGCCAUUGACAAUGAUAAUAGACCAGAGGUAGAAGAUCGUAGACACAUGAUAAAAACUGAUGAGGGAGAAAUAAUUGGAUGCGGAUACUUCAGUUUACUGAAUCAGCUCAAGACCAGAGUUGAGUAUGUCAACAGAGGCAACACCCUCUCCCGUCUCAGGAAGCCCAGCUACUCUCAGACCAGUGAUGAUGACCAGCCAAGGUUAAAAUGUCUAGGUUAGUAGUAUGUAUAAUAUCAAAGUAUUAGAAAACAAAAAUG